AUGUUUGGAAGGCUCAAACUGAAGUACCGCUUGUUGCCGUCACCAGCAAUGUCUUUUCCGCUGAAAAUAAUGGACACCAUGGAUCUUCUGUCACCAUCUGAUGAACCACCCGCUGCCAAUGUUACCAUUGAAAAGGCUCCACCAAGCAAACCUGCCGCUCGCUUUGACGACACGCCGUCCCCUAUGCGUGCCGAUGGCAACAGCACCAAUUUCAAGCCUCUGAUCAGUCCCGAAGAAGUACCCCACGAUGAUACGAUUGCUCCUCAGGAUGUACGCCCUGGUUCUACAGAUCCAACCCGAGAGGUACCCCAUGGCCCUAUCACUGCACCUCCGCAUGUACGUUCUGGUACUACGGUUUCAGGUCAGACAGCAUCUCGGGAUACCGUGAAUCCAACUCAGGAUGUACGCUCUGGUGCUGGGGCGUCACCUAGGGCCGGCGUCCAUGUGAAACCAACAAAUGUUAAGAACCGUCAAACGCAAAACGCUGGAGGACUGAAAUCUUUCUUUGGUCGUGGAAGGUUCCCCAAGGAAAACCCCCGCGAUGCUAUAUGUGCAUCUGAGGGAGUUCUAUUGGGUACUCUGGCUCUUCCCAAGGCCAGUUUCGCCGCGGGUCUACCGUCAGCAUCCGACGGGACGGCCACUACCCUGACCCCUUUCUCCAAUCGUCUGUACUACCCAAAGCUUCAUCCCUCCCUCGAAUUCAGAUCAGUCGAACUCAGCAUCGAUCGACUCGACGCGACUGGUCAUGAUGAGAAGGCCAUGCGCACCAAUGCCCGGAAACUCGUUGAUGACCCUCACGCGCCAAAACCUCUACAUGACCCAGCUACCAUGACGCCGGGCCAGCUAUUCAGGCAUCUCCAUCGCGGGAGGACCAAUGCUGGAGUCGCGAUUAAACGCAAAGUUUCUAUCAUCAUCAGCUCAAGUCUCCAAUCUCAGCUCGCUCUCGAAUUUGAGGUCAAGCCUGCUCAAGAGAACACCAGUUUGAGCGCAGAAGUUAUGCGAGCGAGGCGAAGCGUGGACGAGCUCGACGGGCAACUGACCACGAAGACAGAGGAGAAGUUGUUCGAGAGCAGAAGUCUUGGAAGGGAAGCAGAAGGUGGAUGA